GACAAGGAUGGGAGGCGCAGAGCCAGGCGUCCUCCCUGCCAGCGAGAGUAGUACAGUCCGAGGGGGAGGCUCUUUGGAGAAUAUACAGUCUGUUAUCUGGCAGCCAGCUGAUUCUAGCAGUCAGGGGGCUCAGAUGAAGCGAAGACGGCUGAGGUGGUGGAGCAGGUUCUGCUGACAAGGGUUUGUGCAGCGCCUUGGAAAUCUGGGACAAAUUGCUCCUUUCUGUUGCCAUUCUUUGGAAGUGCAAGUCAGUGCCGCUGUUUAAGUUUCGGCGACAGGGGCGUGCAGCAUCUGGAAGAGUCUCCGCAGCUCUGCAGGCAGCCUGCCCCAGAGGAAGCUGCCGAGAGCGGGGAUCCGAUGGUUCACUUUUAACCACAUCCGUGCCUCGGCUAGAAAUAUUUACAGGCGUUUGUCACCGUUUCCCUCCAUUUUGAAAAGAAUCCCCUGGCAGCCGGAGCUGGGAAAGCUGCUCUCAUGGCGUUUAGCCCCUGGCAGAUCCUCUCCCCAGUCCAGUGGGCCAAGUGGACGUGGUCUGCUGUGCGAGGGGGGGAUGCUGGAGACGGUGAGGAUGGUGGGGUAGAGCGAGAGAUAGAGGAGGACGACUCGCAGGCAGAGACCAAAUCAUUGAGUUUCAGCUCGGAUUCUGAAGGCAAUUUUGAGACCCCUGAAGCAGAAACCCCAGUCCGGUCACCUGUAAAGGAGAUCUGUGACCCAUCGCUGGGAUUGGAUGUGGCCGAGGCCAGGACCCAAGAAUUACAUGAAGAUGAUGAACAGCUGGUAGCUGAAAUUUCUGAGACAUACGUACCCCAGAAGCACUCUGAGGAUGAAGUGCAAUCUCAUCUUGCAGUUCUUCAAGCCAACAAGAAUUCUAAAGCAGAAACUGACUGCAAACUUGAUGAAGAUUCAUCAGUGACACGAGUUGCACCAGAAACGGAGCCACCUUUGGAUAUUUCUUCAGCACUCACAAAAGAAACCGAUUCUCCAUCUUCAGCAGUGUCGGCUCCAGACCAGACUUUACCAUCCAAUGUACCCACAGCUACCCAAGAGUGGGUGAUGUCAGAAGAAGACAUGGUUGUCACUCUUGAAGGGUUGGCUGAUGCUGAGUCAAAGGCUGAAACUUUUGCCCUGGAGUCAGUGCCAAGCAAGAGCAAGCUCAAGAAAGUGAAACCAUCUUCCCUUAGGAAGAAAACUGCUGGAGAGACCCCAGAAACGGAAGCACCCACGGAUGGCAUCCCUGUCCCCAAAGCAUCUUACCAGUUCAAUCCAGCUGAGUAUGAUGAGAAAAUAAACCCCUUUGUGAUGGGAGGUUCCAAAAUACAAAACUCUCCUCCUGCAGCUCAGCAAACCUUCAUGGCUUCAAACAGCGACACCAAUGAUUCCGGGGUGGAGUUGGCUGAGGAGUCCCGGGGCCAUGCUCUGAAGCUGGAAUUUGAUUUUACGGAUGGGGUGGAGAACGGAGAGGUCAAGAAAGCCCUGCCAAAGAAAAUUGGCAGGAAACCUGCCAGCAAACUAACUCCUAAACGACAAAAAGAAGCUGCUAAUACACCUGUGAGUGCUGAUGGCCUGGAAAAGGCUCCAGCAGAGGUGCCUCUCCCCAAAGCUUUGUACCCGGUGGAUCCCAGUCAGUGGGACGACCCUAACUUCAACCCUUUUGGCAGCAGCUCGAACUUGCAGAACUCCCCACCCCUCCCAAAGGCUUCCUAUCAUUUUGACCCCAACAACUUUGACACAGUGGAUCCUUUUAAACCCACCAAGAGCUUAGCCAGCACAGCUGCUGAUUCCUGCCCCACGGCUGAUAAUAAUCUCAAUGAAAUUCUGGAGUCUCAGACCCUGGAGGUUCAGGGCGAGGAGCUGACGAUAGGCAAAGCCUCUCCGAAGAAGUCCAAGUCGCGCUUGAUAACGACUACUGAACAAGUGAAAUUUCUCUGUUUUCUGUUGAGUGGCUGCAAGGUGAAGAAAUAUGAGAUGCAAUCCCUGGUCCUGGAUGUUUGCACUCAGGAUGAAGGAGCAUUGAUCUCAAAAAUCCCAGACGUUGCAAACUGUGAUGGCCACGCUACUGAUGAAGAGAAGCUGGCGUCUACAUCCUCCAGUCAGAAACCAUCCGGGCCAGAGGUGAAAGGUGAGCCAGAAGACGACCUGGAGUACUUUGAAUGUUCCAAUGUUCCUGUAUCUACCAUAAAUCAUGCGUUUUCAUCCUCAGAAGCAGGGUUCGAAAAAGAGACAUCCAAACAGAAGGAGAAGGAUGGGCCCAGCAGCAUCCUGGGCGAUUGUGGCCUGUACUCAAAGGACAAAGCCCCUGGGGCCAUGACGACCGGAGCGAGUGGGAGUGAAAGUCCUCUGGAAAGCAUUUGCCUCAGUGAAUCUGACAAAACAGCCGUGCUCACUUUAAUAAGAGAAGAGAUAAUCACUAAGGAGAUCGAAGCAAAUGAAUGGAAGAAAAAAUAUGAAGAGAGCCGACAAGAAGUCUUGGAAAUGAGGAAAAUCGUGGCUGAAUAUGAAAAGACCAUUGCCCAGAUGAUAGAAGAUGAACAGAGGACAAACAUGGCCUCCCAGAAGAGUCUGCAGCAGCUCACGAUGGAAAAGGAACAGGCCCUGGCAGACCUGAACUCAGUAGAAAGGUCCCUGUCGGAUCUGUUUCGGAGAUACGAGAACCUGAAGGGCAUUCUGGAAGGGUUUAAGAAGAAUGAAGAAGCUUUGAAAAAAUGUGCUCAGGAUUACUUAGCCCGGGUCAAACAGGAAGAGCAGCGGUAUCAAGCCCUGAAAAUCCAUGCAGAAGAAAAACUAGACAAAGCCAAUGAAGAAAUUGCUCAGGUGCGCACAAAAGCAAAAGCUGAGAGUGCAGCUCUCCAUGCUGGGCUGCGCAAAGAGCAGAUGAAGGUGGAAUCGCUGGAGAGAGCCCUCCAACAGAAGAACCAAGAAAUUGAAGAGUUGACCAAGAUCUGUGACGAGUUGAUUGCAAAGAUGGGAAAGACUGACUGAGCCUCGCCGCCCUUCGUCCAACACUCUGCACUUGGCUGCUUUUUUUGUAACGUUGCGCACCUUGCCUUAUUCUCCAGGAAUAAUCUCCCCUGAGCAGAGAAAAGCACAUAUGCACAGCUGCCUGCCCCACUUGACUGCAGGAUCCCAUCACCCCAGAGUCAAAGCUGGUGUCCUAAAGGGUUCUAGUCUGAUUGUUUCAGAGGGUUUGCAGCCCCAGGUUUUUAGGGUUCAGCUCAGUUUCUCCCUAAUCCGGCAGGACAUGUGCAUUUCCUAUGGUGUCAUCAGCAGCCACAUGCCCACCCCUACAGACAGCACCUCAGUCAGGCCUGUGGACAUUUUCUGGGGUCCCUUCCUGGCAGCUAGGGAGCUGGUUUCAGUUGUACCCAUAUGAGAGCUGGGAUUUUUAUUGGGUACAUUCUAUCGAGCACCUAGCCAGCUGGCAUUUUUCUCCUAAAAACAACGGGGAGGUCCCAGCUGUGAUGCUGAGCCCACACCCAGAUGUCGAGAGCUGACAGUGCAAUACUGGCACCUUGAGAAAGGAAGGCACUGUGGGGUCUAAGUAGAAGUGCCUGGGAUAGGGAGGUAAUGAUGUUAAAAUCAGGGGUAUCUGACAGGAAAUCACACACACACACACACUCCACAGCAUGUGGUUUUGAUUAACUGAUUAAUCCUACACCUGAACUGGUUUGCCUGAAAGUGGUUUGAUUCAUUUCUGAUAUGUUGAUCCGAGUGUAUAUUCAUGUAACAUGUCCUAGCAAGUCCUGAUCCCAUGUCCUGCCAGCAGCUAGGGAGGGAAGCCCAAGUCUCUCUCUGGAUAUGUCUACACUGCACUCUGAGGUGUGAUUGCAGCUCAGGUAGCCAUACCUGUGCUAGCAUGGGUAAAAAUAGCAAUGUAGAUGCAGCAGCAUGGGCUUCAGCAAUGCACGUAGGUACCCAGGGUCCCUGACGUGUUUGUACUGCACAUCUACAUUGCUGCCUUUAGCCAGGCUAGCGCAGGUGUGUCAGCCUGAGCUGCAGUCACAGCUCAGAUUGCAGUGCAGAGGUAUCCUUGGUCAGUGCACUUUAUUGUCCUUGCACUAGGGCUCUCUGUUCUCUCUCGUCAGCCUUGGUGGGUCCUUCCUCACAGCUGCACAGCUGGAUCUUCCAUCCAGACAGAUGUGCGUGCAUAUUUGGUAACCUACUUUGUACAUAUCCUGUUGGGGUGGUACCACUUCCCCAGUGCUACCCUCUAGCACCAUCAUUUCCUGGCAUUGAUUAGUAGUAUUUUAAUAGUAAUUCAAAAUAUGCAAAGCAGAGCUCUUUGGUAUUGGUUCAAAAUGCUGCUGUGAGAUUAGAGGAGUGACCUCUCCCUUUGGGGACUGCAGAAAAAAGGGAGCAGGCCCUAAUUUAUGCAUAUGGUGAAUGUCCUAAAAUCCUUUUCUCCAAGUCCAUACUGAAUGCCAUUUAAAAUGAUGCAAAAUGCUCUGGACUGUGUCUUGCUCUCAGAAAUGCCUUUGCAGUUUUACGAAUACUAAAAGAACCAGAAACUAGUACAAGCAAAGUCAGUUGCAAACAGCCAUUAAAUAAACUCACAGGUCCAAAUGGGCAGGAAACCGAAUCAUACUAGCUAUGAAAGCAAACCACUCAGUGGAACUGUAGUGUGCAUUUUCCCUUUGUUUGGACCAAGCCAAAUUCAUGCAGAAUUGCUGAAGCACCUUUCAUACUGCAGUAGAGAUCCAGAAGUUCUGCAGGGUGACGUAUAUUUAAAUGUAUGUAGCUUGUUUUUGUACCAUACUUGGAAUGCUGUUGCAUGAGCCAACGUUAGCAAUGACUUUUACCAGUUUGCGCAUUGGCAAUGCUUUCCCACCCUGCAGAGUUGCAGCUGGUCUCAUCUAUAUGGCAUUCACUAGGGUGCAGUACCCCUAGCCUGACAGCAGUGAUGCUCACAAGCUGUAUGAACUGUUCUGUCCAUGCUAAUUUCUCUUGGUCAGGGAAUUAUGCUUUGGAACCAUUUGUCUGAGGUUUUGUGCAAAGCAGUCCUGCCCUUCAGACAGAGAAUGUAACUCCAGAACAAAACAUGGGCUGUGCUAGGCAACAGCUGGGGUGGCAGUGGAUCCUAUUUUAAAGUGGAUAGUGGUGAAGUAUCAAACCAGGGAAGGAUUUGCUGCUUUGAAACUGAGCCCUAGCUAGUGGCGGAUGUAAAAGUUUAGCAAGUCUUUUGGCUGCUAUCGUUUCAUACCAAAAUCAAACUCUUCUAUUUUCUGGUUCCUAACAUGGACCAUGCAGAGCACGUCUGUUUCUGUUGGAGCCAUAGUUCUAAAAUAUACUUUAUGAAAUGUAUUCUGUAGGGAGAUGAUGAUUAUACAUUGAACAAGAUGGUGCCACUCUGCCCCUAGCGCAUGACUAGCUAAUGGGACUAGUUUAGCAUGCCUCCUUUGAAAGUAGUAUCCUGCUGUGCACUGGAGAAGGUCCCUCCAAAAUUAGCCCGGGGUAGUUCCCUUGAUGGGAUAUGGCUCCCCAGCAUUUUUGUGACUAUUGUGGUGGCAGGAAAGGAACCCCCCCAUUCCUGUGCUGUUCCCCCGGGUGCAGUAGUUACACAGCCCUCAAGCAUGUUGGUAGGAAAGCUUGUAUCAGAUGAUCUACAGAGGGAGACGGGUCACCUCCGUCCAGACAGUAAGUGAGCCAACCACACACAAAGGAGAGCAUGCAGCCACGAGGCUGCUCUUCCUGUCAACGUCAGUGAUUCGGUUACACCAGAGGUAGCCAAAUCCGGAUGGCCAGACGCUUUAGAACGGAUGCCAGAAUCUUUUAAUUUAUUCAUUAUCGUCAUUAUUGUUAUUUUUUAAAUUAUUUUCUCUGAAGUCUAGACCUUGACUAUACCUUAACCAAGAAAUUUUGGACCUUGACAAAAAAUAAUUGCUUGCCCCUGGGUUAUACCAUAGUUUGAGUAUGGCCAGACUGAAGUAGGACCAUUCUCUUUCGCUCACUUGUUUCCAGAACAUAUCUAAAUCGUGUUGUGAUUCUUGAAUAAUAAUGACUCUUUCUUGGCAGGCGUUAGCUAGAUGUUACUGCAAGUGGACAAUGGCAAAUAGAUGAAUCAAAGGUGAGCCCCCAAAGGAAAGAAGCCAAACACUGAAAUACAGCUCUGAACCUCUGGGGUCUGCAGAUCUGGGCUAGAAACCUUGUUGUGAGCAACCAUUCUGUGGGAGGAGCUUGGCAUCUCCACUUCCAGCCCCGGCAGGGAUGGGUAAAAAGUAGAGGAAAAAAAGUUGUGUGAGGGAGGAGAGUUAUCAAGUUUUUUUCAGAUCUCAGAAGAAGUUAUUUGUUAUUUUGGGUUAGUUUUGAGUUGGGGGCAAAUUUCAGGUUGUUUCUGAUUUAAUCGGGAUCCAUUUAACUCUCCCCUAGUAACAAUGGGCAAAAUUCCAGCACAAGGUCCAUGCACCACUCAUGUCGCAUGUGAUUUUGAUAAGACUUGAGUGGUACCUAAUCUUGGCACUAGUCCUCUGCACAGGUGUGAAUUUCACCCAGUGUGCUCAAAAUGUUGAGUUUAAAUAAAGCCGUUCAUAGACUGUAAAAGAGCCCGGGCUGAUCUGCUCUCUGCAAACAGUGUCCAUGUUGUAGCAGAGUUUAGAUAGUAACCAAAUGGCAUUGAAAACCUGCCUGGCAGCUCCAGAACCAAAUCUGAGUUUUUGUAAAACAUUAUUAUACUACCCGAUGAGAAAAGCCUCUGAAUAAACAAGAGUUUGCCACAGAACUGAGAAGAGCUUUCUUAAUAAAGUGUGUUUAAUAAAAACCCCUUUUAUGUUUGAGUCACAGGUUCUCCUCAUCCCCCAAAAAAUCCACAUAAAAAGUGUAAAAUAUGUCCGUUAGGUCCAUUCUUUCUUUGUUAUGAAUAGUUGUUUGAUGUGAUCUCUGCCCUCAGAUACACGGCCCCAUAUUAUGCCACUCAUGUUCACUCCCACCUGUGUUAAGAGAAGCGAAAUUAGAUUUCUGAGCAAACGUUGCAUUUGCUAUCUCACUGGGGCCAUAAGGGACUAAAACAAAAGCAGGAAAGGUUUGCUUAUUGAGGGCUAAAGUCUGGAGAUCCAGCGCAUUAGGGCGCCGGGAGACUGAUUCUUCAAAUCUUAGCAUGUUUUGAAGUAGCUGUCUCUCUGUGAGGUUUUUUUCGGUUACUCUGAGAUGAUGCGUCCUUGCAGAGAGGUUUUGAUAAACUCCAGAGAACACAGCUCCAUAAAAUACAGUCAUGAGUCUCAGCAUCUAUACAGAACUGUAGCUUGCAAAUUGCGAAGUAAAAUCUUUAACAAACCUCCCUCUCCUCCAAAGGUAAGAGAGCUGAAAUGCAAGACAGUUCUGCAGAGAGCUCCUUUCUCCCGCUCAGUAGUAAUCUGAUUUGAGAGCAUUUUCCCAUUUGUAUCUGUUCCCCAGAGUCCAGUGAUUGCACUUUCACUGUCUGUAUCAUCUGGUUGUUCCAUUUCUGUGCCUCUCAGCAUGCCGUUAGAAUUUGGGCAAAUGAGAUUCCUAAGGAAUGAUUUAUUAACUAUAAUAUGGUUAUAGUUACAUAUAUAAUGGUUAUAGUUAUAUAUAAUGGAAGAUGUAUGGAACUUUAAAUCAGUGAGAAUGUUUUAUCUUGUAUGCUGCUUUAUAGUGUGCAGACCCAGAGGCAAAGCUUUGGUAUACACUGGCUCAUCAUCGGUAGACCCUUCUAUUCAGGUCUGUAAAGAUGCCGCUUCAUCUUUUGCCAUUCAGUAGCAUUUGCAGGAAGAUCUGAAAGUUGCUGCUGUUCUCUGUACAGGGAGAUAAUGGCAAUACUCAAGCUUUGCUGAGUAAUUUUUACAAGUGUCUUGUGAACACAAAACUCCUUCCCUAAUGAACAAGCCAAGAUGUAUCGCUAAUACCCGGAAACUUGCAAAUGGCCAUGCACCAAGUUCAAAGCAUGAUCUCUCUCUUUUUUCCAGUAGAAUUGCACCACCCCUUUUAACUGUCAAAGUUGCCUGCCUGUAAAAUUAUUAAUGUUGCCAUCUACAAGUGUACAUUUGCAAUAGAUCUCUUGUCUGCAGUAAAGUGCCAAUUAAUGACCAUCCUGACUGCAAAUCUGUUUCCACUGCAUCCCUCGUGCAGUCUCUUCCCUCCCAGAGGCAGGAAGAAGAACUCUGCAUUGACUACUAUCGGGAUUGCUUUGUACAGUGUAUGUAACUGCCAUCUGCAUAAAUUUUAUAUGUACAAUAAUUUCCCUUUUAUAUGUCAGGUAAAUAUUUGUAAGAGUUAUACUCACACAAAUGAGAUUAUAAUAAUGAUUACUAAUAUAUUUUUUCCAUGUUUCAUUGCCUGAAUAAAAACUGUAUUUACCAUU